CCCGCCGCCUGCCGUCGCGGGCAGGGGUCUGGUCGGGACGGGGGUCCCCGCCUGGGGACUGGGGCAUCCCGGUGCAGCCGGGAGGCGUGCAGCCCGCGGGGGGCGCCACUUGCGCCGCAGCGCCCGCCCGCUCAACUGCGUGGGCGGGAGGGCGGUGGGGCUCGGAGGCGCCCCAGAAGCCGGGCGCCCCGACUUCGAGGGAGCCCCAAUCCCGUGGAGCGUACAGAGCGAGCGCGCCCCAGCCGCACCGGACCUUGCGCUCAUCCCCCGCGUACCCCACUUCUGCACAAACUUUUCUGACGCCCUCGCCCGUGGGGGUCGCGGCGAGCGCUGAGCUGUCCGCAGGGCUCCCGCCCCGCCGGACCCUAGCCACGCUGACCUCCUGCCUCUCGUAGCCUCAGUGGCGACCUCUCCAGGCCGGGCCGGGCACGGCACUCGAGGCGAGCGCGGCAACCACCGCGGCUCUCCGAAGGCUCCCGCGCCCCCCGGGGCAGCUGGGCGGGGUAAUGCCCUCCGUGAUGGAGAAGCCGAGCGCGGGCUCCGGGAUCCUGUCCCGCAGCCGGGCCAAGACGGCGCCCAACGGCGGGCAGCCGCACUCGGAGGAUGACAGCAGCGAGGAGGAGCACUCGCACGACAGCAUGAUCCGCGUUGGAACCAAUUACCAGGCCGUAAUUCCGGAGUGCAAGCCUGAGAGCCCUGCACGCUACAGCAACAAGGAACUGAAGGGGAUGCUGGUGUGGUCGCCCAACCACUGCGUGUCAGAUGCCAAACUUGACAAGUACAUUGCGAUGGCCAAGGAGAAGCACGGCUACAACAUUGAGCAGGCGCUGGGCAUGCUCUUGUGGCAUAAGCACGAUGUAGAGAAGUCACUGGCCGACCUGGCCAACUUCACCCCGUUCCCUGACGAGUGGACUGUGGAGGACAAGGUGCUGUUUGAACAGGCCUUUGGCUUCCAUGGCAAAUGCUUCCAGCGGAUCCAGCAGAUGCUGCCUGACAAGCUGAUCCCUAGUCUGGUAAAGUAUUACUAUUCGUGGAAGAAGACCCGCAGCCGGACCAGCGUGAUGGACAGACAGGCUCGGCGGCUGGGGGGCCGAAAAGACAAAGAAGACAGUGAUGAGCUUGAAGAGGGACGAGGAGCCGUGAGUGAGGGGGAGCCAGAUGCUGGAGACCCCAAGAGAGAGCCUCUGCCCUCUCGGCCCCUGAAUACCCGCCCAGGCCCUGGGAAGAAGGAGGCCCAGGGGUCUCAGUACCGCCACCACCCGCUGCGAACCCGGCGUCGCCCACCCAAGGGCAUGUACCUGAGCCCCGAGGGCCUCACCGCUGUGUCAGGAAGCCCAGACCUUGCCAACCUCACGCUUCGAGGCCUCGACUCGCAGCUCAUCUCCCUCAAGCGCCAGGUGCAAAGCAUGAAGCAGACCAAUAGCGGCCUCCGCCAGGCGCUGGAGGGUGGCAUCGAUCCACUGCGCCCCCCUGAGGCCAACACCAAGUUCAACUCCCGCUGGACCACGGAUGAGCAGCUCUUGGCUGUGCAAGGUGCAGAUCACGUCCGUGUCGACAUCCGUGCCCCGAUCGCUACCUCCCGUGCCGCCCCCUCCUCCGCCUCCCACCUCGCUGUCCCAGCCGCCCCCGCUGCUGAGGCCACCUCUGCCUACGGCUCCCACUCUGCUCCGCCAGCCACCCCCGCUCCAGCAGGGCCGUUUCCUCCAGCCCCGGCUGGCCCCCAACCAGCCCCCACCACCUCUCAUCCGCCCGGCUCUGGCUGCCUCCCGCCACAGUGCCCGCCCCGGCCCUCAGCCCCCACCCACCCUGAUUGGAGCCCCGCUGGAGCCUCCGGCACCGUCACUCUGAGCCCUGCGGCCCUCCACCCGCCAGAGGCUCCAGAACCCCGUGGCUGGCCGUCCUCGGACACCUCUGGCUUCACCGAGGACAGAAGGGACUAGAGCCCUUGGCCAGGUCUUUCGAAGACCCGGAGCUGCCAGUGGGCACAGUCUGGACCUCUGGGUUCUGCACUUGUUUCUGGCAGCUGAGGCUCCACCCCCCCACCCGAGCCUGGGGCGGGGACUCGGGGGCCUUCUGAACUGGCCUGGGGGUACUUUUCUCUUCCUGGCUGGGGCUGGAAUGGCUGCCUCCUAGUCUGCUGGGGCUGGGCCUUUGGGCCUUGGCCUUCGUGUAGAGGGGGUAGUGACCUUA